GAGGAGGCCAUGAACGGCGACCGGACCGAGAGCGACUGGCAGGGGCUGGUGAGCGAGUACCUGGUGUGUAAAAGAAAGCUGGAGAGUAAGAAGGAAGCCCUGCUGAUCCUUUCCAAGGAGCUGGACACAUGCCAGCAGGAAAGGGACCAGUACAAACUCAUGGCCAAUCAGCUUCGAGAGCGCCACCAGUCCCUCAAGAAGAAGUUCCGUGAGCUGAUUGAUGGAGAUCCAUCACUUCCCCCUGAAAAGAGGAAACAGGCUAAUCUUGCACAACUAUUGAGGGAUUCUCAGGACCGAAAUAAACGUCUGGGAGAAGAAAUUAAAGAACUUCAGCAAAGGCUUGGAGAAGUCCAGGGCGACAAUAAGCUCUUGAGAAUGACAAUUGCCAAACAGAGGCUGGGAGACGAAGAAAUCGGCGUGCGGCACUUUGCAGCCCAUGAGCGUGAAGAUUUGGUCCAGCAGCUGGAGAGAGCAAGGGAACAGAUUGAGUCUCUGGAGCAUGACCUGCAGGCCUCUAUGGACGAGCUUCAGGAUGUAAAAAAAGAGCGGUCAUCCUACCAGGACAAAGUCGAGAGGCUCAACCAGGAGCUAAACCACAUCCUGAGCGGCCAUGAGAACCGAAUCAUUGACGUGGAUGCCCUGUGUAUGGAGAACAGGUACCUUCAAGAGAGAUUAAAGCAACUUCAUGAAGAGGUCAACCUCUUGAAAUCUAACAUUGCCAAAUACAAGAAUGCUCUUGAGAGACGGAAAAACUCAAAAGGCCAGGGUAAAUCCAGCAGCAGUGCUCUGACUGGAGUCCUGUCUGCAAAGCAAGUUCAGGAUCUGUUAUCUGAGGAUCACGGGUGCAGCCUCCCAGCUACUCCGCAGUCCAUUUCUGAUCUGAAAUCUCUGGCAACAGCCCUGUUGGAGACAAUCCAUGAGAAAAACAUGGUGAUCCAGCACCAGAGGCAGACCAACAAAAUCCUAGGGAAUCGGGUGGCUGAACUGGAGAAAAAAUUAAGAACUCUGGAAGUUUCUGGUUUGUGGAGUCUUCCAGGAGGCAAAGACACCAUACUGUUUGGUGACCCCGCUCUUCCCACCACGCAGAGGUCAAGAUCCCCACUGCUCAAGUUCGUCGAGCAGCUCACUGAGAACAAAGCGAGUCCCAAGGACGGCGAGGCUCAGAAGCAAGAACGAGAUGAAAGUCGUGCCGCUGCCGAGGCGUUGACAGUGCGGGAGGAUGCUGGGAGGCCCGCCGUUAGCUCCCCAGGAAAUCAGAGCCACAGGAACCAACGCAAGCACUUUCGUCCCUCAUUACCCCAGCUACCUUCUGAGGAAGAAGAAGUAAACAGGCUUGGAAGGGAAAUCGUGAAACUGGCAGAGGAGCAGGCAGCUGCCAAACCAGAAGGGGUCACAAGAGAGAGUCCCGUGGAGAGUCGGAGGGACGAGAUGGGGCCAUCCCCGCCGGGCCUGGCCGCCAAGGGGUCGUGCCCCAAACCUUGCCCGGACUCUUCUGAGUCCAGCCAGCCUGCAGCAGAAGCUCCCACCCUGGAAGAUGGCAAGGAGACCCCAGAGAGUGGAGGUAGAAGGAACACCAUGAAAACCUGA